UUGCGGGGUCGGCUGCGCGAGCUGGAGGAGGCCCACGAGGCUGCCGAGGAAGCAGAAGCAGCGGCAGCGGCAGAGGCCCGGCCCCAGCCGUGCGAGGCUGCCACCCAGACCCCCUGGGGUUGUGCCGAGAAGGCCACUCAGACAGAGACCCCCGCGGAGGCCCCUGCUCUGACGCAGGAGAACCUGCCUGGACCCACAGAUGGGGACAUGGCGGUGGCGCCCACGGGCACCCUCAAAUCCAUUAUGAAGAGGAGAGACGGUACACCUGGCGCCCAACCCAGCCCCGGACCCAAGAGCCUGCAGUUUGUUGGGGUCCUCAACGGAGAGUAUGAGAGCUCAUCCAGCGAGGGUGACAGCAACAGCGACAGUGAGGACGGCGCUGCUGAGCCUCCGAGGAGCAGCUCCUCGGGCUCAGGUGACGACAGUGGCGGCGGAUCGGACUCAGGCACCCCCGGCUCUCCCAGCGGCGGGGAGGCCCAGGACCCCGAGCCCGAGGCAGAGCCAGAGCCUCAGCCAGGAGCGCAAGGGAGGUGCGAGCUGAGCCCGCGUUUGCGGGAGGCGUGCGCAGCGCUGCACCGACAGCUGAGCCGACCCCGUGGAGUCGCCCGCGACAGCGGCGCAGCGCGCCUGGUGGCCCAGGAGUGGUUUCGAGUGUCGAGCCAACGGCGCUCUCAAGCGGAGCCCGUGGCCGGCGUGCUGGGAGCGGUGGGGCGCCUGGGACGCGAGCUGCUGGAGCACGUGGUGAACCUGGCGGAUGGCAACGGGAACACAGCCUUGCACUACAGCGUGUCCCAUGGGAACCUGGCCAUCGCGAGCUUGCUGCUGGAUACGGGGGUCUGCAACGUUGACCAUCAGAACCGAGCCGGCUACUCGGCCCUCAUGUUGGCUGCACUCACCUCUGUGGGGCAAGAUGAGGACAUGGUUGUGGUCCAGAGACUCUUCUGCAUGGGCAAUGUUAACGCCAAGGCCAGCCAGACAGGACAGACAGCCCUCAUGCUGGCCAUCAGCCAUGGCCGCCAGGACAUGGUAGCAGCCCUCCUGGCGUGUGGGGCAGAUGUGAAUGCACAGGAUGCAGAUGGAGCCACAGCGCUGAUGUGCGCCAGUGAGUACGGGCGCCUGGACACUGUCCGGCUGCUGCUGGCCCAGCCAGGCUGUGACCCUGCCCUCCUGGACAAUGAAGGCACCAGCGCCCUAGCCAUUGCCCUGGAGGCUGAGCAGGACGAGGUGGCCGCUCUGCUGCACGCCCACCUGAGCUCUGGCCAGCCUGGUCCCCUGUUGUCCCCUGACUCUCCCAUGGCUGUGCCCGGUGAAGGAGAAUGCAGCGACAGUGAAAAGGACCCCCAGCCUCAAUGACUGGCCUGACACGCUGAACCCAGAAUGGGGGAGAGACCUCUCCCUCCCCCACCUCAGCCUCUGGGCAUAGCAGGGGUUGCAUCCAGAUGCUAGCCCUGUACCAAAAGGAAGGCUGGGAUGGCUCAGUGGCCGGAGGGGCUCACCUGGAACUCUGCAGGGUGAGGUGGGGGCUGAGAAGAGAUAAAACCCUAGUCCACCCACUUCUGCAGCCUUCUACCCUAAUAAAACAUUCCUAACUCA